AUGAUACGUCAUUAUAAAACUUGAAUUAGACGAUUUUGGGGGUCGAAUAGGUUGACUCUUUACUUCCCGCGCUAUUAUUAUCUUUUUUGUUUGCCGGCUAUGAAAAUCCUUGUACUCUGCCAUUAAGCCAUAGAAUACGAAAAAAACGUUGAUUUGGCAAAAUUGAAAUCAUGGGCUUCAAAUACGAAUUAUUGUUUCUAGAUCAACUUUCUUAUGUUCUGGUAGGCUUAGUAUUGAUCGGCUAUGGAAACCCUUACAGCUGGUCAUGUAAUAUAGAAAAAUAUGAUUGGAGAAACAGUAUCUUUUUUAAUAAUCGGGGACAACUUUCUUAUGCCUUGCUUGAGGAAAAGGUAUUAAAAUAGAUGAGAUUCUCCAUUCCCCAAAACAUAUUUAUAUCCGCAAAAGACUGGUGAGCGUCUAUUCGUUAUUUCAGGCCUGAAUAACUAAAUUCCCAAUGUUGUCUCCCUAAUUAUUUAUAUUCAAUAAAUUAUAUUGCCCUGGUAGUUACAAUUUUUACAUCGGCGAGGAAUCGUUGACCUCUUCAGUUCAGGUAAAAAAUUUGUCGCGUGGAUGUAAAAAAUUUGUCGCGUGGAUGUUCGCCCGAGAGAGAGCAGCGGCUAAUUUACUUUAUACAGAAUAUCCUCAAAGUUGGGAUAUUAAGUUCCAAAAAGCCAUUUCGACCGAUGUUUAUUGUUAGCCUUUUUAAGAUCCUAUUGAUACUACGCAAGCCGGCCGGGGGAAGUAAAGAUAGCAGACAAUCCUUAGAAAAAAAAACUCUUAUUAACUUGAUUCCUGUGUUUCUUUGUCUUAGAACCAUACGGAAUUUGAAACAGCAGAUCUAUCUACAAGCAAAGAUUUAUGUUUUGUAUCACCUCUCAAUCUUCUGCAACUGUCAACGCAACCUUAACAGCACUAUUACAUCAGUAAUGCGUAAUGCGUCAUCAAAUACAUACCUACAUUUACAAAAAGAAAAUUACACAAAAUUUUACACAAACGAACGUCACAUUCCAUUUCAAAGACCAGAUCGCCUUGUAGAAACAUUGGCUUUGAUGUUAUAAAGUGAAUCAUUCAGUAGAGCUCAUUUGAUUGAAAAAAAUAUUUAUAGAAAGUCACUUAGGCACGUGUUAAUAGCUUAAACUUCGGUUUAUAAACUCUGACGUUGCGUUAAACUAUUUAUAAUCAGGAAUUCCCGAUCCAACAUUUUUGUGUUUAUAUAGUAUAAACCAAUAGAACAGUCUCAGACAAGAAUGUGGAGAACACUCUACAUUUCGUCUAUUAUAACCAUUGAAGACUAUAUAGGAAAAAAUAACGUUUUUCGCAUAUAGAAGUGCGACACUGUUUCACUCUUAACCACUCUUUUACGAGUAAGUAUAAGCAUCUUCCUGUUAAUAUUUUUUUUUCAAAUUGCUCUAAUUGCCUUAACAUACCCUGUUUCAAACUCAACUUUCACCAUCAAGAUCUCGGAAACGGUAAGAGAUACGAAAUCGGUUAAAUGGAGGCAAAUUCAAAGAAACAGAAUAUUCCCAAUAUAGUUUUAUUUUUUCCCAACUCUAUUCGAAAUGAAGCCGCAAAAUAAAAGGUACAUUGCCACUUUUUCUCCCAUUCUAGAUGGCGUAAUUGGAAGGUUUCAUUUCAACUUAAUUUUGUCUUAUAUACGCCAUAUUGGAUUUUUGCAUUUUAAAUAUGAUUCUAAAAAUGUUCGAUAUGUCAUACAUUGACGUUUCCAAACCUUAGUCGUUUCAAAGGAAAUAUAAAAUGUUCGAUGUCUGAAAGGUCAUAAAAAUGAGUAUUUCCAAUGUUCGAAAAGUCGGAAUUGAAGCAUUGAUAAUUUAAUCGGAUUGUGAUUUUCAAAGCCAAGUAUGAAAAUAUUGUUUAAAUAACCAAGGUUAAAGUAUUGUUCCGCCCUCAUAGCUAGAACUUUGUGAGACUCUCUCGUACAUCGACGCUUAGACAACCAGAAACUCGGGAGCGUUCGUGACGUCGUCGAGAAGCAUCGACAACGAUCGAGAGGAAUCGAGUUCGAUUCAGAGAAUGCGGGAGCGCUUCCGGAUUCGUAGAUAAAUACACGGACAGGGGGCAGGCGCAGUCGACUGAUGCGUCAACAGCGUGGAACCAUAGUCCAGUCGAUAGGGUCAUAAAUU